GUAUCAAACGAUUUAAGGAUCUUGGGAUUUAUAAAUUUGGCUCGCUCAGAGGUACUUUAAUAACUCAUAUGUGGCCUAGAAUGGUGUUGAAAUCCGGUGAUACUAUAAAUCAACCUACGUUACCUGAACAAGAAGAUUCAUCGGAUGAAGAAGCGGAUUACGAAUUCGAGUACGAAGUCUUAUCAGCUGGAUCUGUAGAACGAUGGGACGAUACAGACGUAUCAUGGGUUUCCGCAACCAACGACAAUACAGAACCAGAUCUCAAUAACAAAAGACCAGUUAACGUAGAUACGCAGCCAUCAACAUCACAAUCACAAGAAGAGAUCGAAACCGAAAGAGAAAAAGAAACACCCGAAGCACAUGAAGAAGCCGACGAAGGAGAUACGCAUUUCGAACUCGAGGAUAUGGAACAGUUAUUGUCUGAGAUCGGAAGUAUGCGCGACAGUUUGAGGUUGAUGCCUGAUUUCCAAAGACGGGAAAUGGCUGCGAAUUUUGCCAUGAAAAUGGCGUCGAUGUUUGGAGGGAGUAGCGGUGAUGAAGAAGAACACGAAGAAUAGAUUAGUAAAUGUUUCCGGUGAUUAGUUAAGAAGGUUUAUUAUUACAGAACAAUGCCGUUAUGCGCCUCUUGCGUUUAAUUGUUUCUGAUUAUGUUCAAUGGCCUUUAAAGACACUGCAAAGCUUUCUUGUUCAUGGAGGCAGUUGAACCUGUAAAAAUAGCCUGUUGCUACAACAAGAUUAUAAGUCGAUGUUA